AUGGCGUUGACCGUAAAACAACUUAAUGCGGAUGCUUCGUUCCUGUUGACUUUCGAACCGAUCGUUCCGGAGUCGAUACCGGGCAUCUCUCCCAGGCCAUUCAGGAUUCUUAUGGACCCGUGGAUCACCGGACCUUCGACUAUCUUUCAUUCUAUAUUGUCGACCACGACGCACAAGGAGUCACCAUGUGUCUGCUCAUUACAGCAUCUCCCCGAGCCGGACCUCGUCAUUAUCAGCCAGCACAAGAGCGACCACUGCAACGAGGCUACACUCCGUCAGUUGCCAGCGAGCGGAUCAAGGACGUUGAUUCUGGCUGAGCCCGCGGCAGCCAAGGUCAUCCGGAGUUGGAAGUAUUUCGAUAAGAACAAGGUCCAUACGAUACCGCGAUGGGAGGACCCUCAAACAACGGGGAAGCAGACCGUAAUCCGAGUCAAAGUACCUCCAUUCAUACCUGGCGGAGAGCCCGGUGAAGUGACUGUCGCAUUCAUCCCCCAGCGAAGGGACUUCAAAGGUCUACACGCCGCCAUUGGCAUUACAUAUCGACCGCCUCCGACAUGGCCAAGAUUCACGCAUCUAAUCACACCCCCGGUAUCACCAGCUUCCCAACGUCGAAGCACGCCAUCUCCGUCUUCCCGAUCCAAAGCAGCACCUGCAUAUAUCAACUUGCCGACUCCCCCAGAGACACCCAGUACGCAGUCUCUCCGAUCCGUCCAGUCUGCCGCCUCCACCCCGCCGCCAACUGACGCCCGAGACCGCGCCGUCUCCGUGAUCUUCUCCCCCCACGGCAUCUCAUACCGCUGUCUGCACCAAUACGCAAGCUCGCACCUCGUAGCCGAGGCAGCGCUACCGCUGACCGCGCUUCUGCACUGCUUCGACACCGUUUCGAACCCAUGGUGGCUUGGUGGCAACAUAUCAGCGGGAAUGCCGGCCGGCCAGGAGACCGCGACGGCCUUGGGAGCGAAGGCCUGGGUCAGCACGCACGACGGCGACAAAGACGUCAGGGGUCUUGUGACGAGGAUGUUGAGGACGAGAAAGUAUGCCCGGAAGGAGAUCGCAAGCGUCGUCAGCCCUUCCUCGGACAGCGGCGACCGCAGCAACAGGUUUGAGCGGGAGAACGGCAGCGGGAAGAGUACCGAGGUUCUCGUCCUCGGCGUUGGAGAGGAAGUCGCCAUGACGAGAGAGGGGGUCUGGAACGUUGAGCCGGGGGCUCGAGUGCUUCCGCGAAACUCUCCUCACGCCGAGAAGACGCAGAAGGGGCGCGCAAGAGGUCGGAACCUUUCGCCUAUUAUAACAGGAGCAUGA